ACUUCAUAUACGCAUGCGCUAGCAGACGUUCCAUCAAAAUGGCGCUGGAGAUUGACGAGGAAUGGAUUCGCGAAAAAGUUCAAUUGGAGCACAAAAAUUUGGACGAUGUCAGAUCGUUAUGCUUACCCGGUUCUGUGGAGGAGAAGAUAACUCAAUUGGGCAACUCAUUAAAGAGAUUUGCGAGGUUAAAGUGCCUUGAUUUAAGUAGGAACGACUUGGAAAAUUUGGAUGGACUCCAGCACUUGAAAAUGUUGGAGAAAUUAAAUUUGUACUACAACAGUAUAAGUAGCCUUCAAGAACUGUUCAAACUCAGAUUCAACCAACGCCUGCAAGAACUAGAUUUACGAUUAAAUCCUGUAGCGGGAAGCGAUGCAAAUUAUCGCCUUUUUCUUAUUCAUAUGCUGCCUAGGUUAAGGAAACUAGACGACCGACCAGUGCGUGAUAAUGAACGGCGUGCGGCCUUAAUGCAAUUUAGCACUGAGGUAGCAACUGAGUUGUCACCUAAAUAUCUUGAAGAUGAAGUGGCUGCAACCCAAACGAUAAAUAAACCAUUAAGCCGAUCUAAUUUGGUACAAUCAGUUGGAAGAGGGCCUGCUCAAGAUCUUGAAGCUUUAAUCGGAGAGGUUGAAAGGACUAAUGGUGACCUUACGAAACCUCGACCCAUUACCGGCUCGAAUGAAAACUAUCCGUCCUACGAGGAUUAUGCUCCGUCGGCGGUUCGACAAAUGGACAGACAAAGAGUAAAUAAUUACGAAGAUUACCGAACAACUCAUGAGGACAAAGAAUCCGAUGAAUAUUUGGAGACUAUCGAAUCGAAAUAUCCUCAUCUUGCCUCUCUUGCCAAUUCACUUCAGCAGACAACCAAAGACAAAAGAAAUAGAAAAUUAACAGAAGAGAAUAUUGAAAUUCAUAAUAGAGAAACAAUAGCUCCGCAUGGAUUUUUCACACCCGCCCCUACAAAUAAUGAUAGGAAUCAACCUGCUGUACCCCACAUACACACGACGAAUCUUAAACGAGACACAAGGGAGGAUAUUACUAUUCCGUCCACAAUACCAUACGAUUGCUCAAUGGAUAGAUUGAAAAGAUUAGGCGAGAACGCGCCUAGUUUUGAACAAAAUUUAACCGUCGAUCAAGGAGAAGCUGUCAGAGUUAUCUGCUCAAUUGCUGAUAAGUAUUGGAAUGGUGUUAAUUCUUUAGAGAAAAAUCCAAAGGCUUUAAAAGCUUUAACUUCGUUAUUACAACAAAUUUCAAUGACCGCACCAGAUCGUUCAGUCGUUGGCUCUGAAGUAGAAGACGAAAGUAAAAUGAAAAGUGCGUUAGUACGAUCUCAAAGAGACGUCGUAAGUAAUUCUUUAUUCAUUUUGUUUAAAGUUCAGUGACUAAUGCAUUAUUAGUGUAAUGCGGUAGGUGGCGCUAUUGUAGAAUUUCGACGGAAGAAAGUUAUAUAGUUUUCAACACAUUGAUUUAUAGUUUUUGUCCAUCUGUAGAAAAUUCUACGUGAACGACUGCAACAAUCGAUUCUUGAUAGCAAAGGUUUACAUGAACAGAUUGUGGCCUUGGAGAAAGAAAAAGCGCUGCCUAAUUGCGAAAUGGAUAAAAUAAGGGAAGAGAACAGACGGUUGAAAGAGGAGGCUAAACGCCUAAUCGAACGUAAUCGGGAAUUGGAAAGUUCCGCUCAGUUGAGCGGCAUGUUGCAACAAAGUCAUAAGUCGCUCAUGGAAACCAACGAUAGAUUACUGAAAGAGUUACGGAAUAAGGAUAUUUCGUCUACAAAUGGUCAAAGCGAACUUUCAUAAAUGAACUAACUGUUUGAACAAGCAAAUCAACACCGUCCAUUUUUUUUGCAUAAUUUCUUUUUUAGUAUUCUUUGAAGUUUGGUGCCAAAGCUAAUUUUCGUCCUUUUUGUUAACUGAACCACGUUAUUACUAACUAAUUUUCUUUUUAAACAACAAGUUUUGCAAUAUUUUUACUAUUAAAAUUAUAAUAAUCAUUAUAAAGAUUACCAAGAUUAAUAAUUUUUUUUUACAUUUUUUACUUGCCGUGUGGUUUGAUAAUCUGAUACAAUAUAUUGAGAAGAGCGAACAGUAGAAUACAGAAAAAGGUAUAACCUCUUUUACAUAUUGAA